AUGGCUGGCAUGGACAGACCCCUAACCAAGCGCUGCUCCAACCUCAGCACCUGCGUGCUUGGCAAACUGUCCCAGGAGCUGCACAAGCUGCAGACCUUCCCCCGCACUAAUGUGGGCGCGGGGACGCCCGGGAGGAAGCGCAGUGCGCCCGCCGGCGACGGCUAUGCAAGCUACGGCGACACCAGCGUUACAGCACAGAAGCGCGCCUGCAACACGGCCACCUGCGUCACCCACCGCCUGGCCGACUUCCUCAGCCGGUCGGGGGGCAUCGGCAACAGCAACUUUGUGCCCACCAACGUGGGCUCCAAGGCGUUCGGCAGGAGACGGAGGAAUGCCCAGGCAUGA